AUGAAUGCAUCUGAGAGCGCCGAAGCGCAAAAGAUUAUCUCAAUGCUUCUUGAUCUCCCAGAGAACAAUCUGUGUGCCGAUUGUCAUGUCAAUCCGUCGAAGUGGGCAUCGACAAAUCUCGGAAUUUUCAUUUGUAUUCACUGCAGUGGAGUUCACAGAUCACUAGGCACUCACAUAUCAAAGGUUAGGAGCUGCUCGUUGGAUAACUGGUCUUUAGAACAAGCAUAUGUAAUGGCAAACGUAGGAAAUAAGAUAGCAAACGAAUAUUGGGAAGCAAACUUACCAAAAGACUUUGUUCGACCAGUUCCAACAAACAAAAUGGAACUUGCCCUCUUUAUAAAGCGUAAAUAUGAUCAGAAACUUUGGACAAAACCAGGAAUUCCUCCUCAUCUCUCAAUACAACCUAAAAAAUCAUUGCCAAAGCAAAACAAACGCAAGUCAUCCCACAAACGUGCUCAUUCUCCAAGCAAUCCCGUUAUUCAAAAUCAGCCAUCGUUUGAACCAAUAAAUGAAGCAGAAGAAAAGCCAAAUAACUCUCCAAAUUUACCAACACGAUCGGGUUCGCAAAUUAUUUUUACUACAAACAAAGAUGAAUCAAGUUCAGAUUCAAUUAAAGGUAUUUUAGAGCCUCCUGUUGAAAGUAUCAUCGCCAAAAAUGUUAUCGAUUACAUUGUCGAUCAAAUAUUAGAGCCAGAUGUUAAACACGAAUUAAAUUUGUUGAAAAAUAUUAUUAUUGAAGAAGAUAUCAAUAUAAAACCAAACGAAAUACAAGAAAACAAUAAUACACCAGAUGUUUUUGAUGUAGAUGAUGAUUUCUUUGAAGAUCAUCCUCCGAAAUUUGUUGAUUUACCAAAGAAAGAAAACAAAGAAGAAAAACAUGAAGAACCACGCCAUGAAGAAGUUGCCCUUGAUGUUGAUGACGAUUUCUUUGACAUAGAAGUCCAAAAACCAAAAAUUAUUCCAAAUCCAAUCAAAAAAAUACCAAAUCCGGCCAAACCAGUACCUGUUAUUGAGAAAAUACCAAAGAAACUACCAAGGCCAGGCGUAAUAAUCGUGGAUAUCAACGAAAAGAAGAAAAAGAAACAUCAUAAAAAGAAAUCCGAAAAAAAUCCAGAAAAAGUAGAAGAAAAAAUCGUGCAAAAACAAGAACCAGAGCCAACUAAAGAGCAGGACAAUCAAAUUGAUGAGUUUUUCGAAGAAUACGAAGCAGAAACUAAAAAUCAAAAAACAAAUAAAGUCGACAUCGACAAUUUCUUCCAAGAAGAGGAGAAACCAGCAAAACCAGCCAAGAUUCCGUCACCUUUUAAGCCUGCUUCGCUUCAAAAAGGCCCUGGAACACAAUUACCAGCCAGACUCCAGAAACUGGUCAAAAGCAGAGAGAAGGUCGUUGUUGGAGAACGAAAGAGAAGAAAACAUCAUCAUUCUGAGUGA